GCACCACACGACGGUAAGGCUGGGGACCCAAGACUGGGGCAGGUGGGCAAGUGCGACACAUCACCGGACACGCCGCCCCCCAUGCCCCUACACAACAAGCAGCACUGGUUCGAGGGCAUCAUGGGCUGCCUCAAGCCCGUCUGGGGUAUCAUCGGCAAGACCUCCGCCUUGCCUGAGAAACCUGAGGGAAACGAAGGCGACUGGAACAUUCCGUUCGAGGACAUCGGAGACCUGGAGUGGCUGGGGUCGGGCGCUCAGGGAGCGGUCUUCAAGGGGCGCCUGCGAGGCUCUCUCGUCGCAGUCAAGAAAGUCAAGGACAAGAAGGAGACCGAGAUAAACCACCUCAGGAAGCUCAACCACGCCAACAUCGUCAGGUUCAAAGGCGUUUGCACGACACCGCCCGUGUUCUGCAUCGUGAUGGAGUACUGCCCCUACGGCCCUCUCUUCAACCUCAUCAAAAACGGUCACAAAAUAGCGCCGCAGCUGGUCGCCAGCUGGGCCAAGCAGAUCGCCCAGGGCAUGAACUACCUCCACAUGCAUCGCAUCAUCCACAGAGAUCUCAAGAGCCCCAACGUUCUGAUAGGAGACGAGCAGCGCGUGAAGAUCAGCGACUUCGGCACGAGUCGCGAGUGGAACGAUGUGAGCGCCAUCAUGAGCUUCGCUGGCACCCUCGCCUGGAUGGCUCCUGAGGUCAUCAGGAAUGAGCCUUGCAGCGAGAAGGUCGAUAUCUGGUCGUUCGGCGUGGUGCUAUGGGAGUUGCUCACCGGGGAGAUCCCGUACCGCGAGGUCGACAACUCUGCCAUCAUCUACGGCGUGGGCAGCCACUCCCUUCACCUGCCCAUACCCAAUUCAUGCCCCGACGGUUUCAAGCUCAUCGUGCAGAUGUGCUGGAACCCUGAGUCCCGCCACCGCCCCUCCUUCAAGCACAUCCUCAUGCACCUCGACAUCGCUGUCGUCGAGAUCGUCACCAAGAGCCCCGAGGACUACUUCCAGACGCAGGCGUCGUGGCAAGAGGAGAUCCGCAAGGAGCUGUCGCACAUGAAGGCGACGUCCCGCGGCUGCAUCAUGGUGCCCGCCAGCACCGUGCCCGCCUACGAGGAAGACCUCAUCUGUCGUCGCCAGCAGGAGCUCAGGGAUGCCCAGGACGUACGGGAGCACUACGAGCGCAAACUGAACAUCGCUAACGACCUCUACCUCGAGCUCUCUGCUGCCAUGCUGCAGCUCGAGCAGCGCGAGAAGGAGAUCAACAAACGUGAGGAGGUGAUGAAGCAGCAGCUGAGUCCUGCACACGUGAAGCGCAGUAAGCGCAGCAGCAGCAGCAGCCUCGUCAAGGGCAGCCUGCUGAAGGCUCAGCAGCGUCUCUCGUCCUCACGCAGCAGUCUCCUCAGCAGCGACCCUCGGGCACCGGCCGGCCGCGUGGAGGACAGUUCGUCGUCAGCGUGCGUAAGUCCUGAUCCUGUGGACGUGGUUUAUCCGAACGGCUGCAGCAAGAAGCCGCUCUACACCGAGAUCGGUAGCAACAACAUUCCACUCUCCACAACCACGCGCCCUUCGUCGCUCUUCGGGCCGCGUAAGUCUAAGGGCACCAACACACCGGACGACCUCGGCGUUGGCCGCGCGUCUAAAGACAAGACUCGACAACGGCGCUACAACCGCCACCAAAAAGCCCAGAGUCUCGGCAGCACAGCUCUGCUGGCCGCCAACAGCGGCUUGGGGCUAUCUACGUACUCUGACCGCAGCCCAUCUCUUGUGAGACGUGUUCAAAGUCUGAGCCCCGGACGCGUUGGUCUGGUAGACUGCAGUACACAGACUGACUGCAGCCUGGAGGUCUGCACCGACACAGACUGGACGACGGCUGCGUUGCCUCCCAAGCCGCCACUGGGAGACAGGCAGCAGCAGUUCAACAAAGACUUCGAGCUUCUACAGCGAGAGCUCAUUUCAGUUAUGACAAAGAGUCAGGAAAUUAAGGAGGACGGGUCAAGUCCUAACGGCAAUAGUAACUUCGUGGCGAACUCACGUGGCUCACUGCAAGGGUCGCUGCAAACCUCGGGAUCUCUGCAGACGUCGCUGCAGCAGUCGACGCCGUGCGCCUGUGAGCACUGCCAGCUGUGCCCUGUUGCACGCACCAUCGCGCGGCUCGUAUCGUCAGACUCCGCCACCACCAACACAGACGAUAACAAUAAGAACAUUCCCGCAUCUCUCACGACCUCAGACGUUUCUCUGCCCCCCCUUUGCUCAGUUGAAGAAACUCUUCACACCAUCAAACUGAUCAACAACAACAACCAGCAGCUGCAGCAAGAGGCGGCGGCUGCUGAAGUACGGGAUUUGGUAGUCGCGCAUCAGAUGCAGGAGCAACGAUACCAGUACCAGCAACAAUAUGGCGACCGCAAAAAUGAUCAAUGGGACCCCAUAGAGAAAGUGCUCUCUGAUCCAACAUCAGACCCGUCAUACCCACCCAGGGCGAGCAAAGGGCGCCGCGGGGCAGGACCCGUUCAGAUGAUGUCCGCGGAGGUUGCUGGACCGAAGCCUGGGUCUCAGGCGUCCAUCCUACUACCGCCAGAAGGCGUUGGGCUGCAACACCACCACCAGCGGCGGCCAGCACUAGAGGGCGACCGGCAGCAGAACUACGAGCAGCACCACAGCUUCUUCGUGACGAAGGCCCUGCAGUCGGGACUACGACGCUCACACGUCCUCGAGAGCCCUCUUGAUGAAGGUUUCGUCCCUGCUGGGGGUGACAUGGCUUUCUGGAGACGAGACGUAGAGACACCGCAGCCUGGAGUCGCUAAUGACGUGUUCGUGGUGUCAAGUGACAAGGCUUCGCAGGACGUGCCGUUGGAGCUGGACGACGAAGAAGGACUUAUUGACGAUAAUGAAGAAGAUUUGGACGACGAAUUGCCCGUAGAUCCUGACGAAGAGGACAGCGAUGACACCGAAGACGAGGAAGAAGGCAGGACGUCAGCUAGUCGGGGACGAGACAGCGACAGGGAUGAGGAAGAGGAUCUAAGUGAACGACGUGGCUACGCUGAGCCGGACGUGGUCGCCUCCAGUGAAUUGGACUCCAGUCACGAGGAUGAGGACGUGUCUGAGGGCGAGGGCCAGCCUUCGUCGUCUCGAUAUCAUGCCAUGACGAGGCGCAGCGUCUUGCGGCGGCCUGUGGCGCGGCACAGCGCAGUCAGCAGCACAGACGACGCCUCAGCGGCACCUGUGCCCCUCUACCAGCGGCCUCCACUCAGGCCUCCCCAGCACAGAUACUCACAGAGCGCCGUUGGCCGUGCCACUCCUUCCGUUCACUCCUCCGACUCAGAAGCGGAGGAAGCUACAGAGGCUCACAAGCAAAACUAA